UGAAAAGUGGAUAAGAGAAAAAGUAAAUAAAAUAUAUAAAACAGCUAUUCAGGAUGAAGCGCAUAAGUGAAAAGAAGUUGGAGGCUUUUACUGUCGGCACAUUUUCCAAGCGUCAAUUGUCCAAAAAGGAGUUGGAGGAACAAAAGAAGAAGGAAGAUGAAGCUGCUGCGGCACAUGCCUUUAAAGAAUUUGUGGAGACGUUUCAAGAAGCGCCAACAGCCUCUUCAAAAGUAUGGGUUAAAGCCGGCACAUACGAUGCGGGCUCCAGGCGAGAGGAUAAAAGCGAAAAGGGCAAACUGUAUAAACCGGGCUCGAAGCUGGUCGAAAAGAGCGCCUCCGAGAAGGCAGAGGAAUAUGCCAAGUUGUUGGCCUCUGAUCUGAAAAAGGAUCCUGCACCAUUGAAAAAGAAGAAUCAGGAGAAAAAAAAGAGCAAUCUGGAACUCUUCAAGGAAGAACUGAGACAAAUACAGGAAGAGCGUGAGGAGCGUCACAAAUAUAAGCAUAUGGCAGUGGCAAAUCCUCCACCUUCGCAACAGCAGCCACAACAGCAACAACAGCAGGCUCCGAGCAGCUCACAACAAUCGAGCAAUUCUCGGGAUGCUGGUGGCUCCUUUGACACUGGUGAUCCAAAUACAACAAACCUAUACUUGGGCAAUUUGAAUCCUAAGAUUUCGGAGCAACAAUUAAUGGAGAUUUUCGGCCGAUAUGGACCUCUGGCAAGCAUCAAAAUUAUGUGGCCACGUUCCGAGGAGGAAAAGCAGCGUGGUCGUAAUUGUGGCUUUGUGGCAUACAUGAGUCGCAAGGAUGCGGAGCGUGCGUUGCGCACUCUAAACGGACGCUAUAUAAUGGGCUAUGAGAUGCGCCUGGGCUGGGGAAAGACUGUUCCCAUCAUGAAUACACCAAUAUUCGCACCACAGGCGCUGCUGGAGCUGACAUUGCCGCCGCCUUCGUCGGGACUGCCUUUCAACGCUCAACCACCGCCCAGUGAGGCCAAUACAUUACCCAAGAAGAACUACAAGGAUUACGACUGCAUCGAGGACAAAGAGAAUAUGGAGCGGAUUCUGGCCAAAUGCGUUGUUAAAGUCUUUAUACCCACUGAGAAAUCCGUGCUGAAUAUAAUCCAUCGCAUGAUCGAGUUUGUAAUACGUGAGGGCCCGAUGUUCGAAGCCUUGAUCAUGAGUCGGGAAAUGGAAAAUCCGCUUUUUUCGUUUCUCUUCGACAACGAGAGCCCGGCGCACAUCUAUUAUCGUUGGAAGCUCUUUUCACUGCUCCAGGGCGACACUCCGACCGAGUGGCGGGAGCAACAGUUUCGUAUGUUUAAGGGUGGACCCGUUUGGAAACCCCCAGUGGCCAAUUUCUACACUCAAGGCAUGCCAGAUGAGCUGGUGGUGGAUCCAGAUGCACCCGUUGUCCACAAGGGCGCCUUGUCAAAUGCGCAACGCGAUCGCCUGGAAGAUCUAAUACGGGCUUUAACACCGGAGCGGGCCCGCAUUGGUGACGCUAUGAUAUUUUGCAUUGAGCAUGCCGACGCUGCCGACGAGAUCUGCGAAUGCAUUGCCGAAUCCUUGGCCAACCCAAAGACUCCGGCUUCUAAGAAGAUCGCUCGCUUGUAUCUUGUCUCCGAUAUACUGCAUAACUGCACGGUGAAGGUGUCAAACGCUUCCUUCUUUCGUAAAUCCGUGGAAAAACAAUUGCUGGAUAUAUUUGAGAGUCUUCACACCUAUUAUCUGGCCAUUGAGAGUCGCCUGAAGGCAGAGGGUUUCAAAACGAGGGUUUGCAAUAUAAUUCGGACCUGGGAGGAAUGGACGAUCUACCCAAAGGAAUUCUUAUCUCAAUUGCGUGGCAUAUUCUUAGGUCGUCAGUUUGCAUUGCAGUCCAAUUCACCCGCCCAAGCAGAUGAAUCACGAUCAGAGGAAGGCUUGGACGAGGACAUAGACGGUGCUCCGCUAUCGGGUGAAGAAAAGGACGAUGAGGAUCUUGAUGGUGUGCCACUUGACGGUGCUGCACUACUGAAGAGUGCACUGAAAUUAGUUCUACCCGAGUCCACACAACAACGCGGUACUCCAAAACAGGAGCAAUACCAUGAUGAAAUCGACGGAGUGCCCUUGGACGAGGAUCUUGAUGGCGUUCCUUUAGAGCAUGUGCAGAAGCAUGCAGACAAGUCGCAGGCCAAAUUGCCGGGUUUUAUUCCAUCCAAGUGGGAAACGGUUGAUCCACAACAAGUCGAGGCUCAAGCUAUAACCACUAGCAAGUGGGACACCUUGGAUCCUCCAGACCCGCCCAAGUUCUUCAGCUCGGACGAAGAAAGCGAUGGAGACAACUCUCAGAAAUAUAGCGACGAGAUGCGACAGAAACUGCGCGAAAUUGAGGUGAAAGUCAUGCAGUAUCAAGAUGAAAUGGAAUCUGGAAAGCGUCGUCUGGAACCUGGCUGGACACUGCCCGAACAGGUUGAAUACUAUCGCAAGCGUUUGCUUAAGCGGACCUCGCCCACGGAUUCUGUGGACUCGCCGUUGAGCUACAUGCACUCCAAAUCGAGAAGUUUACAGCGCAGCGAGAGUCCAGAUAGCAAGCAUGCACCUGGAACGCUUUACAGCGGCAGCUCUCGUUCCAGCCCCAAUCUACGCUCCAGUCGCAAGCGCUCCCAUUCGCCAUACAGCGGAGGCGAGAGCAGUCGCAGCGGCAGAUCUGUCAAGCGCAAUCGUUCUAGAAGCCAGUCGGAUUCGCCAAAGCGAUACACGGAGCGCUCUGGACGACCAACGCGCAGAUCCCCCUCACCCACGUCAUCGAACUAUAGUUCACGCUCCAAUCGACGGAACAGCGUAUCGCCACCUCGUCAUCGUGCCGAGAAGCACAAGCAUAAGCACCGACAUUAAAAGAGUUGCAUAAUUUCUUGUAAUUAAGAUCAUAUAUAUUUAGAAAUUCAAAGAGCAGCCAGAAAUCUUAUAAAAUUAUAUAAGGUUUGGCCUAUGAUUUGUGCUGGAAAUAAAUAAAAUCGAAUGGGAA